AUGAAGCGGCAGGAAGUCCGGACGAUCAUAAUCUUCCAGAAACCCCUUGACCAGGUGAUCCUCCGUUUUCUCUUUCCUGUCUGCUCCCAAAUGGCUCCCAUUCUUAUGAGCAGGUUCUUGGACGUGAUACUUGGUGCGGAAAGAAAUUUUUCCAUUUACCGGGCCACUGAGGCCAAUGCAAAGACUAUGCUACCGACAGAUGACGCAGAUGACGUUUGCAACGCCCUCUUUGAAGCUGUAACCAUUCCCAUGAACAAUCUAGAUGGCCCUUGUGCGCAGUGGACUCACAUUUCCAAUGACGAGAGAAAUGAACCUCUGGCCACCUUCCAGCGCCUGAUACAAACGGCCCUGAUCGGCCUAUUCCCAAAGCAUUGCAUAGUCGAUCUUGACGACAUUCCUGUUUUCGCUGGAGAUAUUCGAGAGCAUAAUGCCAACCUUAAACUAGUGUUGGGUAGUCUAGGAGACGCAGGGUUAACCUUGAACCCGAAGAAGUGCCGUUUCCUGCAACGCUCGUUCACCUUCCUAGGACAUACGGUCCCGUUGAAUGGGAUGGCAGUCACCAAAACCGCGCACAACAAGUAA